CGCCGUGUGACGUCACUCGGAGGCGCCCUCGCGGCGCGGCACGCGGAUCCCGGGGGCUUCUGGGUAGCGGAUUACCCCCGCCCCCCGCGCCUGCGACUUCCUUUCCGUCCCUGACGCCGCCGAGGUCGCACGCGUGAGGCUAGUCUGCCGCCGAGAUGCGCUACGUCGCCUCCUAUCUGCUGGCCGCCCUCGGGGGCAAUGCCUCCCCCAGUGCCAAGGACAUCAAGAAGAUUCUGGACAGCGUGGGCAUCGAGGCGGACGACGACCGGCUCAACAAGGUCAUCAGUGAGCUGAACGGAAAAAACAUCGAAGACGUCAUUGCCCAGGGUAUUGGCAAGCUGGCCAGUGUGCCUGCUGGUGGGGCGGUGGCCGUCUCUGCUGCCCCAGGAUCUGCAGCUCCCGCUGCUGGUUCCACCCCAGCUGCAGAGGAGAAGAAAGACGAGAAGAAGGAAGAAUCAGAGGAGUCGGAUGAUGACAUGGGAUUUGGCUUGUUUGAUUAGAGUCCUGCUCUCCUGCAAAUAAAACCCUUUUUACGUA